ACUAGUGGGCGGCGAGAACGUGUAAAAGUGGGAGAUGGAGUGCAAACGAGCUGGCUCUUAUUCGGUUGAUUUGAUUUGAACCCGUUCAGGAUACAUUUUGUUGGACGAUAUUUGGUGUUAUUCUGCAGGGGAUCGCCACGGAAGCAGCAGCAGUAGCGGCGAUGCAGCGCGAGGAGGUAUCGGCGAGAGAGGAGUUCACCUACAGCCACAUGUCCUCGCUGGAGAGAGGUGGCGGCUCACUGGGGAGGAAAGGGAGCAGAGGAUUGGACAGGAGAGAGCAAGAAGGCUCAGAGCGGGACAGCUACACCGUGGACGUGAGGGCCAGUGACCUGCAGCUGGCCCAGUCGGAGCCUCUAAAGCACCCCUGCUUCAGCUACAGGGCCUGGCUCUACAGCGUCCUGAUCGGGGGCAGUCUUCUCAUCACUUCUGGAUUCUCUCUGUACCUGGGCAAUCUCUUUCCUGUUGCCAUGGACUACCUACGCUGCGCUGCAGGCUCUGGCAUUCCGGCCGCCAUAGCGAGCUUUGCCAUUGCCAAAAACAAACGUGUUGCGGUGUCAGACUUCCAGGUGAUCUAUGUGUCCACCUUUGCAGUGACGACCACCUGCCUGGUUUGGUUUGGAUGUAAACUGGUCCUCAACCCUUCUGCUGUCAAUAUCAACUUUAACCUCAUCUUGAUGAUUUUACUGGAAGUCCUAAUGGCCACAACCGUCAUCCUGUCAGCUCGCUCUGCAGAGGACUGCUGCCGCCAUAGGAAGUCUGAAACAAACGAUCAAUCUUUGGUCUCAACUCCGCCGGUCUUCCCUACUCGUCUCCUCAAAGCGUACUCUGUGAUCGAAGUCAUCGUGGGAAUCUCUGCGGUCUUCGGAGGCAUCAUCGCACUCAACAUGGACGCUUUGCUUCCCGGACCCUACUUGUCCGUCACGUUUUUCUGGAUCCUUGUGGCUUGUUUUCCAAGUGCAAUUGCCAGUCAUGUUGUAUCCGAAUACCCCAACAAAUGUCUGGUGGAGGUGCUGAUCGCCAUCAGCAGCGUGACGUCUCCUCUGCUCUUUUCAGCGUCCGGCUUCCUCUCUUGCAGUGUGAUCAGCUUUAUUGACAUUUUCCUGCACGAUGUGCCCACUGCCAAGCAAUCCUACGACAUCUUGUUGCUGAUCCUGCUGGUGUUACUGCUGGUGCAGGCCGUUUUAAAUGCAGCCACCGUGGUGCACUGUGCCUCCUACAAGAGUCGGCUCCGCACCAGAGCAACACAACCCUGUGACAACAGAACGGGAACCUCCAGCCAGUACUGUGAGGAGACCACUGAGAGGCUCUGCAGAUGAGCAAUACUGCAAAUUUCGAUAUCAAUCCGCUAUCAAGCCAAUACGUGGCCAGUAUUGCCAGCACGAUUUUUUUCAGCAUCCUUGGAUAAUUUAGGGAUUUGGACUCUGAUUACAAGCAGAAAAAAACUCAGAAGGAAGACUUUAGAAAAACAACAAACUGGAAAGCACAUUGUUUCGGCGAAACGAAAUGAUCACAUGUGAACUAAAGGAUUGUCACGCCUAUGGUUCAUGUUUUGUUUUGGUCAUGCUAUGUUUAGUUUUUUUGGACAUUUAGUUCUGUUUUGCAUUUCCUUGUUUGUCUUGUUACCAUGCCAACUGAUUUAGUUUUCAUCUGUCAUGUCUUAUCAUGACUUUUGUAUGGCAAUACUACCCUGAGCAUCCCCAAUCUCAUCUGUUCUCAAAGCUAAGCAGUGUCUGGCCUGGUUAGUACUUGGAUGGGAGACUGCCUAGGAAUACCAGGUGCUUUUGACCUUUGGACUCUAAGUUCCUUUUUUUUUCACUCCCUGCUUUGUUACCAUGACGACCAAUCAGUUCACCCAUCUUGUCUCACACCUGUUUUCACUUAUCAUGUUCAUUAUUUAAGCCACAGUUACCAGGUAGUCAGUCCAGCAACAUCCCCUCCUUCACGACCUCGAUUAUCUGCUUCAUGCCUUGCUAUGCUGUUCAUUUUGUCCACGUAAGUUUUUGUCAUUCAUCCCAUAGCACAAGUGUUUUGUUUCAUGUUUAUAGUUUAUAGCCUUUGUGCUAGUCUUUUGUUUCAUAGCCCAAGUUUUGUACCUCCAUUGUGAGCGCUUUUUGUUUGUUCCUGUUUUUAGUUUAUGAGUAAAUAAAUUAAAUAUGUACC